AUGAGGAACCCAUCGUCUUCGUCGAAAGCAGCAGCAGCAGCAAGUGCUAAGAUGCAAACGACGAUAACAGCGUCGUCCUCGUCGAGCAAGGCGGCUGGGGUUGCUGGAGGGACCAAGACGCCGUGUUGCGCAAAGGUGGGUUUGAAGAGAGGGCCUUGGACUCCCGAAGAGGACGAGCUGCUGGCAAAUUACAUCAAGAAAGAAGGGGAGGGACGGUGGCGGACCCUUCCCAAGCGGGCUGGGUUGCUCCGCUGCGGUAAGAGCUGCCGCCUCCGCUGGAUGAACUAUCUCCGCCCCUCUGUCAAGCGCGGCCAGAUCGCCCCCGAUGAAGAAGAUCUCAUCCUUCGCCUCCAUCGCCUUCUGGGCAAUCGGUGGUCUUUGAUAGCUGGGAGGAUUCCAGGCCGUACGGACAAUGAGAUAAAGAACUACUGGAACACACACCUGAGCAAGAAGCUGAUAAGCCAAGGCAUAGAUCCCAGAACCCACAAGCCUCUCAAUUCAGAUCAUCACUCUGCUGCUGAUGAUGUUGACGUGGACAACACAAACAAAUCAACUGCUGUUGCUUCUUCUUCCAAAGCCAAUGAUCGGUUCUCAAACCCUAACCCUAGUCCCCCUUCUGAUCGUCUUGUCCAUAAAGAAGGGGAUCCAAAUAACAGCCGUAAUGAUGGAAACAUCGCAAUUGCUGAUCAUGAUCUGGGCACUAUAGUCAAUGGCUUUGCAAAUAUGAUCACGUCCAUCAACAAUCCCGAUGCUUCUUCUUCGGCCGCGGCAACGGGUACUUUGAGUUUGAGGAGCAACAACAGCCACGGUGGAGUACUACUUGGGGGAGGAGGAAAUGAAGAGGACGACGUCUUCUCUUCGUUUCUGAAUUCGUUGAUCAAUGAGGAUCCAUUUCCUGGACAACACCAAUUGCAACAAGUACUGCAGAAUGGGAAUGUUAGUGCACACGCAGCUGCUGCUCGUUCCGAGAACCUUCCUUUGAUUACUAUGACUAGUACUACGGCGCCAUCAACAUUUGGCUGGGAGUCUGCUGUGCUCAUGUCUUCUGCUUUCAUCCAAAAUGAUCACCAGAGCGUUAAUGAUCAAACGGAGUAG